CAACGCCACGAUCCGUUCCAGUUCUGGAUAACUUUAGCAGUUUGAACAGAUCAAGAUGCUUGCUCAUGUCGCUGGCUGACAGUCUGUUUGCAGGCAGAAUUCUUGUAACACACUGAGAGACAGUGAAGCACCACUCACUAGCUAUAGCGCUAGCAUGGAUGACGAUAUUCUCAGUUUUGGGAACAAUCGUAAGAUAUCUUUCAAGGCAGCUCUGCGAAGCGUCCAAUCGAAUCGUCCAAAGAUCAGGGCUGCGGUAAUAGUGAAAGACAGCAGCUCCGACUCUAGUGACUCUAAUGAUGAGGAUGAGUCUAGACGUGGUCGCAAGAGGAUACAGCACAGGGUGGGGGGGAAGGUGGGGUCACUGGCCUCGCAGCUCAUUCAUAACCAGCUGGAGCCGUGCGUCAUCUCAGAUUCUGAUGAUAGUGAUCUGGAAUCGGGAAGCAAGAAGAAGGUAAAGAAGAAGUCCCCUUCUCCAUUGUCCAGUGGCAUGUCUCGCUCCCCCUCCCCUGAACCCUCCCCUCCACCACCUGGAGCAUUGGCCACACCCACUAACCAGGCGUCAAAACAUGUACUCAACAAAGCUAGCAAUGCCCUCCAUCAGCUUAUGUUCUCCGCCUACACACCUGGCUAUUCGGACGCCAGCUACUGUUCUGACCACAACAAUUCUCUGGUUGGUUCAGCCAGCAAGGAGAGCAUCACUCUCAGAGUUCGCUAUCGGGGCAAUAUCUGUAGGUUCACCAUCAACAAGGGUGACCCUCUCUCUCUGGUGUGCUCAAUGCUGGCCACAGAGGUGGCCAAGGGUGAGGAGGCUAACAGGUUCCUCCUCUCCCAUAAGACUACCACCCUCUCUGUCAGUGAGUCACCUCUCUCUCUUGGGCUCACCACAGCUGACAUUAUUGAUGCUAUUCAAUUGUCUGAAGCUACAACAAGCAAAGAAGGCAGCUCGCUCAACCUCAGCACUGGUGACAGUAAUAUUCAAAUCAAAGUUCAAACUUCCAAGAAAAGUAAAAUGUACAGUCUGUCUAAAACUGACCCCCUGAAGAAGGCAAUGGAAGCUUUUGCUAAAGAACUGGAUGUGGCAGUGUCUAAGCUGUCAUUCUCAUUUGAUGGAGACCCCAUCUCACCAUUGCAGACAGCUCGUGAUUUGGACAUGGAGAAUGAGGACUGCAUUGACGCUAGAUACUCAUGAUUUGCAUGCAUUUUUAUUAUGUGUAUAUUGAUCGUGUACGUUCAUCUGAUUCCAAUUUUUAUCUGUGCUUAUUGCGUCGAUAUUUAGCCGCACCA